AUGAUCAUCAGGCUGCUGCUGUUAUCCACACUCCUUUACGGAGCUUGUGAUUCUUACAAAAUUCUCAUCUACAAUCCAAUAUUCGGACAUUCUCAUGUGAAGUUUCUUUCAACACUCGCUGAUAUAUUAACUGAUGCUGGGCAUCAAGUCACUGUCUUUGCGCCCGUCGCGAAUGCCGAGCUUGAGAAUAAGCAUUGUCUGAAAACUACGAAAGACCUUAGAACCAUGAAGCAAACUCCAAAAUUGAAAGAGUACCAUGUGAAGAUUGAGGAAAAAAUGGGAAAACAGUUGUGGACUAUAGGCACAGACCCAAGAGCUCUCUUUGCAGUGGCUGACGACAUGAAGAAAAUGUUCGCAGAACUAUGUCGUGGCGUGCUCGAUAAUGUAGACAUGAUAGAAGGUCUCCGUAAAGAGAAGUAUGAUAUUGCUCUGGCUGAACCGUUUUCAUUCUGUGGUUUCGGAAUUUUCGAAAAGCUGGGUAUACCAGUCACGUUGGCUGCACUCUCCAAUGUUCAAAUGGAUUACGUUUCUCGUUAUAUUGGAGAACCAUUGGGUGUAAGUUUCGUACCUGGGUCACUUAGUCCUUUCUUACCAAACAUGACGUUCUUCCAAAGAGCAGAAAACUUCAUCGGAACAUACUUCGGAAUUGAUUACUUCACUUCUAGUUUAGCUCUUGAGCACAAACAUUUCCUCAAGGAGAACAAGUCCUUCAGAUCAGUAGAGGAUAUUAUCGGCGAUGUAUCUUAUGUUUUCCCUAAUUCCGAUCCUUAUUUGAAUUUCGAACGCCCCAUCGCUCACAAAACAAUCGAAGUUGGUGGUAUAACUAUGAACGGUGUUGAUGAUAAUAUUCCAAAAGUUGAUGAGAAAUGGAGUAAGAUUCUGGAUGAGAGAAAGUACACAGUUUUUGUAUCAUUUGGCUCAGUUGCUUUAAGUAAACAAAUGCCUGAUAAUUACAAAAAGACUCUUCUGUCAGUUUUCGAAGAGCUGAAAGAUGUUACUUUCAUUUGGAAAUAUGAAGAAGACACUGACAUGGCUGACCAUCUUCCAAAUGUUUAUUUGGGUAAAUGGUUACCACAAGUUGCUCUCCUCCAUGAUCCAAGAUUGGAUCUCUUCGUUACCCAUGGAGGGUUAGGAAGUUGUGUCGAAGUAGCAUAUGCAGGAAAACCAGCUUUAUAUAUUCCUCUCUUUGCUGAUCAGACGAGAAAUACUAUGAUGGUUAAUCGUUAUGGAGUUGGAGGAAGUUUGUUGAAGACGGACCUUUCAGAUAAGAAGAAGAUUGUUGAUAAGCUUCGAACGCUUAUUACUGAUAAGACAUAUCGAGAGAACGCUCUUAAGCUUGGAGAGAUUUUGAGGUCAAACCCAAUCAACAAGAAAGAAACAUUCUUGAAGCAUGUCGAGUUUGCUGGAAGAGUUGGACGGAUUCCUAACUUAGAGUCAUAUGCGAGACAUUUAUCUUUCGUUGAGUUCUAUUUCCUUGACGUAAUCGGUGUUGCCUUGUUGAUAUUACUCUCGGCUGUAGUUUUGACUUACUUGAUUAUUCGCAAACUUUUAAAUUUAGUAUUUUCAAGCAAGGCGAAGAAAGACUGA